AUGGCCAUAGGCCCUCUUAUUUUCCUGGCUGUCCUGGCGUUAGUCCAUCACCCCCGGAUGGUCAGUGACAUCACAGAUUCGGCCACACUGGAUCGUCUCCAGGAGCAUGAGAAGCGGCUAACUUCAGAAAUGGGGCGCCUCCAGGUGGAAUUGGACCAGAAGAACUGGGACUGGGAUCCAAGACAGAGCCAGGAGCAAUGGACCACAGAUGACCUAACAGCAGAAGAUGGAACCUGGGAUGGGUGGCAUUACGUAGGGCUAGUCAUCCUCAUCCUCUUUGGAUGCUGCAGAUGCACCAUUGAGAAGGAACCUAAUUACGAUUCCAGCACCGACAGCUCCAGCACCACCACCAACGAAGACUACGAGGACACUGACCUGGAACCGGAAUAUUAUGAACCCAAGCAAAAAUUGCUGGACGAUUUUUAUGACCACCACAUUGAGAUGGAAACUAGUGAGACGACCAGCUUGUGUGAUUUUGUGGAGACGUUUGUGAAUGAUUUGCUUGAAGAGAGUCGGAAUGCCCUUCCCUACCAAAACACACUUCCUCUGCUGGAGAACUGCAUUGGAGUGGGCAGUGCCUUUGAAGGAUGGCCCACGAAGAAGUUUUCGAAAACGUUCUGUGUCCUUGUGCCUGUAUUGCCACCCAAGGGCCACUCCUUCCACGUUGAAACAAGUGAUUCUGAGGGUGCUCCAAGCAAGCAUGGGCAUAUUUCGGUAGAAAUGGAAUGCAUGUGUAAGAGAGAGAAACUGUUGGGGGAUGUGGUAUGCUUCCUUCAUCACCCGGAACGAAAACUGAGCCAAGAAGAGCAAGGCAAAUCCCUCAUGCAUGUUCUUUGCACCAGUUCCCAUUUGGAUGGGGAGAAAACCAUCCAGUGGUUCCAAGCUCUGCUAAGCAAGGUCUGGGAUACUCUUGGUCAGAAGUACAAUUUAAGUCUCACAAUCCUGCAUUCCAACAAAACUUGCCAGCUGAAAUUAGAAUUUCCAUCCAGGAAGAUCUUUAUCGACAUCUUACUUGGAGUGCAGCAAGGAGACUCUCUGGUCUUCCUGACCACCCAAGAUGGCAAAAAAGAUAAUCUAAAUGGUAAUGUUUGGCAUAAAAGCUUUGCUAUUCAGGAGCUGCUCUUUUUCAAAUGGGUGAGCCAACGAGCUCCCAAGGACAGCUGCCACCUGAAAUGCCUUCAGAUCCUCAUCUUUUUCAAAGAGUCUAAUACCCCGGAAAAGAAGAACCCAGUGCUCACUAACUAUCACUACAAGACUUGUUUGAUGCACCUCUUGCUUCUGUGGCCUCUGUCCUAUUGGGAGCCCGAGAAAAUUGCACAAAGACUUCAAGACAUCCUCUUGUACAUGAAUGCUGCCCUGGAAGAAAAAUAUCUCGAACACUUCCUCAUAGGGAACAUUGCCUUGCCUAUUCAGAUCCCUCUGCCUAAGAGCCUCCGAAGUGCUGUCCCCUUCAACCUUUUCGAGCACUUGGCCCAGGAUCCGAACCUUCAUGCCAAGGCAAUAAAUGAGUUUGUGGAUGUUGUAGAACAAGUGAGGGUUCUCUGGUUAGCACCUGAAGAAUAG